AGGACUCGGACAUGUCAGAGCUGCUGUCGCUGCUUCAGCUAGUGUGUGGAUAGCCUUUGGGCUCUAUGAAUCACAUCCAACAGCUAUGGUUUAGAGGCACACAAGCUAACAAAAACAAAACGACAUGCCACGAAUAUAAAUACGACCUGGAGCUGAUUCACUGCUUCUUAACCGAGGUAGGUUUGACUACAUCACUGUGACUUCACCUCUUCACAUUUUCAGACUUUUGGAGUUGUUAUUGGAGGAUAACUUGAAAGCAAACUAUCUGUUGCUGCAGCGCCUUGGGCACCAAGAGGAAUAUUGAGAAUAAUCAUGAACACCCACGAGUCAGACGUGCACACCAUCUCUCCGGAGCUGCCGGCAAUGUUCGACGGCAUGAAGCUGGCGGCUGUGGCCACAGUGCUCUACGUCAUCGUCCGCUGCUUGAACCUCAAGAGCCCCACUGCGCCGCCGGACCUCACCUACCAGGACACACCCCUCAACAGCUUCCUACUCAAGUCCUGUCCUCAGCUGACCAAAGAGUACAUUCCUCCCUUACUGUGGGGUAAGAGCGGUCAUCUCCAGACGGCACUGUAUGGUAAACUUGGCCGGGUGAGCUCGCCUCACCCCAGUGGAGUCAGGAAGUACUUACCCAUGCAGGAUGGGGCCACUGCGACCUUUGACCUCUUCGAGCCAAUAGGGGACCACCGAACAGGAGAUGACAUUACCAUGGUGAUAUGCCCUGGUAUUGGUAACCACAGUGAGAAGCAUUACAUCCGAACCUUUGUGGACCACGCCCAGAAGGACGGUUAUCGCUGUUCCGUGCUGAACCAUCUGGGAGCUCUUCCCAACAUCGAGCUGACCUCUCCACGCAUGUUUACCUAUGGGUGCACAUGGGAGUUUGCCGCCAUGGUCGGCUACAUUAAACGGACAUAUCCUCAGACUCAGCUGAUAGUGGUGGGUUUCAGCCUGGGAGGAAACAUUGUUUGUAAGUUCCUGGGUGAGAACAGGACGAACCAGGAGCGAGUGCUGUGUUGUGUCAGCGUGUCUCAGGGGUACAGCGCUCUCAGGGCACAGGAAACAUUCCUACAGUGGGACCAGUUCAGACGCUUCUAUAACUUUCUCAUGGCUGACAACAUGAAGAAAAUCAUCCUCUCACACAGGCACAGUCUGUUUGGGGGCAGUCCAGUUAAAACGAUAGAUCUAAAUCUUGGUCGGCUUUACACAGCGACGUCCCUCAUGCAGAUCGACGACAACAUCAUGAGAAAAUUCCAUGGCCACAGCUCUCUCAAAGAGUAUUAUGAGAAGGAGAGUUGUGUACAUUAUAUUCACAACGUAAAUGUGCCACUGCUACUAGUGAAUUCUGCAGAUGAUCCAUUGGUUCAUGACUCACUGCUCACCAUCCCUCGCACACUAGCAGCAAAGAAAUCCAACGUGAUCUUUGCCCUGACGUUACACGGAGGCCACCUGGGCUUCUUCGAGGGAGCGGUGCUCUUCCCCCAGCCUCUCACCUGGAUGGACAAAGUGAUUGUGGGCUACGCCAACGCCAUGUGCCAGUGGGAGAAACAGAAACCGCCGUGCCAAAGUGGCCACCUGAGUGAGGGCUCCUGCGCAGAGGAAAAAGCGUAAACUUCUGAGCUGUGUAUCUCUCUCUCACUCUCUCUCCUCCCUCUCUCCUCUCACCCUCUCCGACACCACUGCCCCAGCACUGAGGAGACACCUGAACUCAAACCUUAAACUGCUCUCUCUUCUCUGCCUUCUCCUCUGGUGCUAACUCACCACUCCCGACCCAUGCGUCCCGGUCAAACACGUCUCCACGCCUUCACCACAGUUCUCCUUUGUAAUCACAAUCACCUUACAGUAUGUCAAGGAGCAAAAACGACUAACUGCCUUUGUGCUCUUUUCCGUUGCGAAGACUUAAAAUUCUGAGCAGGAACAUUUUGUUCCUCUUCACGUACACAACUAUGAUCCUUGGCUAAAUGAGGCGUUGACCAAAUAUGACGAGAGAAGAAGUCAAGUUGGCAUUAAACGGAAAGUGAGAGCACCACUUUAGAGUAGUACAGUGAAAAACAAGAGCACACACGAAGCCUCCUAUUACAGUAAUCAAGGACUGUGCUGCAGUCGGUGCCCAUUUUCUGCACCUGUAAGAAGCUCACUGCUUAUCACCGCCAAGGCCAUAUAGCCUAGUCUGCUGUCUUAACCAACACAGCAUCUUUGUAGUAUGUAUGUAUGUAUGUAACUCACAAAUGUAGUGUGUAUGUCUGUGUGAGCCUGCGUAGACCGAGAGUUAAAGACCCGUGACGGAGCAUGUGAUCUUUGUGUUUGGUAGGUGUGAUCCACAUUCUCUGUUCAAGGUCUGUUGGCCCUGAAAAUGUCUGUUCUUUUAGGUGAACUGUUGUUUGUAGAAAAUGUACAGUAGAAAAAGUUAAGUAUUAUGGUGGGAUUUUACACUUUAUUUCCAGCCCGGAACAUCUACUUGCGUUUGACACUUGAAAUGAAAGUGCUUCGCUGACAUGACCAGGGAUCAACCCCAGAGGGGAUCCACGCACAUUCCCACGGUCGCAUUUUAUCACUUUGAUUCAAUGCACUUUACACCCUGUAUGACACAAUCUCUUUAAUUUCUUUUUCCUCAUUAGUGGAAGCGCAAGUAUAGAGAUUAUAUAUGGUUUAGAGAGGAAGAACUGGAGGGAGCGAGGAUGAUAACGAAAAGUUAGAUGACUCAAAUGUUCCCUGUGUUGUCUCUUUGAGCCCUCUUACUCUUUUGUCUGCCUUUGAUCAGCUGCUGGUUCUCGCCAGGAAAUCUUUCUCUAACUGCACAGACACUAGCACUUCCAAACACUUAAUUUGGUUAAAAACACUUAUUCCAUCUGAUUAAUCUGUGGUGUAGAUUGAUUGGCCAGUGGGGUCCUCUAAAGGGGAAAGUUCAGCUGAAGCAGAUCUUUUCUUUAUAAUCUGAGCUGUGAGGUGUGAUGAGUAGGAGGGCUGGGGAUACCAACGCUAAACCAAAUGUUUAUAUUAGUGGAUUAUUGAUACUGCUAGUAAUCAUACUGGUGAUUGUCAUAUUGUAUAAGUAGAUGGAGAACAAUGCAUGCAAGAAAGAAGAGACAGAUUUUAAUGCAAGGGAAUAUUUUUGUUGCAAAGACUGCAUUGAAAAGCUUUUCUUAAUUUCUUGAACGGGCUCAGCGUUGAAGGUGUUGAAACCUAUGUGAAACGUGUCUUGAUGAAAUCAUACUGCAAUAAUGGGACCUGUGGACUUUCAAAAACCUGAAUCUAAUUGAUGCAAACCUUGUUGUAAGGGCUUAGGAAAAUUCUUCCAAGGCAAAGUCCAGCCAAGUAAUCUGAACACUGUGACGAGAAAGAUGGAUGGUUUGAAAGGAAGAAGGAAUAUGCAGUGAUUGACGACAGCGCAUCUGUCAUCUGAGAUCUGGGUCUGAUAGUAUCUUCAACUUGGCUUCUUGGAAAUAGCUGUUUGGGUUAUAUAGUGACUGACACCGAUAGUAAUCAAAUCGGUUGUUCUUUGACUCAAGGCCAAUUUAAGGACCACAGUUUGAAAAUGUGUUGGUUUUUGAGAAGUAAUUGGCUUAAAUUUAUCAUCCCUUGCUCGAGAUUAUUCAGUGCAAAUGCUAUGAAAUCCAGGUAUUAAUCUCAAUGGUGCUGGUGAAUAGUGAUUCACUGAUCCAACUUUAUCCCUCUCAACUCAGGGUAUUUGCCAAUACCAAGCACUGAUCCGAUAGGAGUGCCCUCUUUUCCCCAUGUGUAAAAUCUGUACACCUCAGUGAGUGGAACUAGGUUUUUAUGUACUGUAAGAUAGAAAUAUUAGUGCAGUAAGUCAACAGCUCGCCAUCAAUGUAUUCAUGAAAUCAUUUUUAUUGAGCCAAAGAUGAUUAUACACAUAGAAUAUAGUUGUAUCGAUGCUCAUUUCCUUUUACGUUAAUGAAUUCUGAAAUUAUAUUCAUUUAUAUUUACAUUUAUGAGGCAGAUGUUACAGAAGAUAUAAGUAUAAAAACAUUUCAAAUUAAAAAGAGAAUAGGAAAAUGUAAAAAUAAAUGAAAUAAAAGGAGUUUAAUGGGAAUCAGUAUCCUAAAUAAAUAAGACAAAAAAAAUUUAAAUUUAAAAAUGCAGCUCAAAUAUGGCAGUCUAUGAAACUGUAUUUAAUGUGGAUCAGUGACAUCAUGGCAGAUACCCAAUCAGCUUAAAAGAGUUUGGGUCGGUGCAUCCCUGAUUGAAAAGUGUAAAUAGUCUGUCUGAGCCGCCACCUCCUCUCAUCUACAUUAUUCAGUCACAGUCACUGUCCACUGCUGCCACCUGCAGUCUUAAAGACCAAACUACAACUGCAAACAUCCUCACAUUUACCCUCCGUGAGAUUAUAUUCAUGGUUCACUCUGUCCACAGCUCUCAUUUCAACAUCAGCUGUGGUUUGGAUUUUUAUUCUGGCUCGUACAAAGAAAAUCAGAUGAAUAUUGAUGACACCAGCACAAACCCAGUUUCUGCAGUAAGAGCCAAUAUGUGUUCUUUUUAAGAUCUUUUGCCUCCUCUCAACUUUGCACAAAACUGCAGGUUUGGAUGUAUUAUUUGGAUGUAUUUUUUUUCUAUUUUUUCUCUCUUGUAUUUUGUAUUGUUUUUAUGACUUCUUGUGUUAUUUACUUGUGCAAAUGCAUCAGAGCGUGAGUGUUGAUGAGUAAACAUACGUGCGUAGAUGUGUACUGUCACCACCUCUGACUGACAAAAACCAAAACUUCUUCACUUUAAGCUAAAGAAAUAUAAAAAGAUAGUGUAUAUUAGAAUAUUUGAGGGAACAGGUAUGAAAACUAAAGGCAAUAACCAACCAGGAGGGAUUCUCUUAUCAUUUCAAUGAGACAGGAAAUGGUGUAAAAGUGACCAAAAUAUGUCAUAUACAUUAAGAUGAUUUUCUUCAUGGAGUGUGGGAUCUGAAAUAUUGUUUUACUGUGUUGAUAUGAGAAUGUGCUCCUGUGUAUUUUACCAAACCCCAGUGCUUCAAGCAUCUUUUUUCCAAGAUUGUGGGCUCAUGUUUAAUUGCUUAGACUGAAUAAUUAAAUAUUAAAAUCUCAAGUGACUUUAAAUGUCACAAAAAUUCUAAAGGAUACUGCAACAUGAACAUGUUUUGUUCUUCUAAAGGGAUUUUUGUAAAAUGUUCAGUCUUAUCAGCCCAAGCAAAUGGAUGAGAGCCCACAGUGAGUUAACCUACAGUGACCGUUACACAGCUUUAAUUUAGUGUUUACAAACAUUUUGAUGCUUACAGACGGUUAUUAAGGGACGUGGUGACGACCAGAAGACGGGGCACACAUAGUCACACAACAUGAUGUACUCUGAUAUUAAACACUGGGUGUUUUUGUUGAAGAAAAACCAGUGGUGUGUGUGAUCUAAUUAUGUGAGGAAAUAUGGUUAUUGUGUUCCAAAAUAAAUUAUUUUCUCAAAAGAAAAAGAGAGUUUCAGUUUUUCUUUACUUGCCAGUUCGAGUAUUCAAAAAAAAAAAAACAAUCUGGUUAAUAUUAAGGCUUUUUAGGCUUUAACCUCUAUACCCACAGGCCCAAAAGAGUGCAUAACUCUAACAUACUAACUGCACUUUGUCUUUGUAGUAUACCUACAUAGUGGAAAAUGUGGCUAUAAGAUUAACAAAUGAGAUUUGCAUGACAUGGAUCUUUUUAAUUUAUAAUUAAGUUGAUCGAGGCGACCACAUGUGAACUCUUCCUUAUCUGUCCAACUUUGUACAAGUGACAUACAGUGGUGGAAGUAUUCAGAUCAUUAAAAUUUGUUUGGGUGCAAUUGCUUGCCUGGAAUUAAAUUGAGUUUGUUUGAGGGUUUGUAUUUUUUGAUAAUGAUACAUGCAGACAAAAAAAUAACAAGAAAACUCCAAGACACUCUCGUUUAAACAAAUUUAAAUGCCUUUAUUGUCAUGGCAUAGUCAUAUUAAACCUAACAGAGUGCCUUGUUUUCUUCUCUUUUCUUGUGAUUUUUCUGUCUUCCAAUCAUUUACUUAAAUAAAAGUACCAAUGCAAUGAUAUAAAGAUACUCCAAUAUAUUUCCCAAAAUGUGAAUCUUACUUAAGUAAAAGUACCUAAACACGUACGCUUUUUUAUAGAUUUUGUUUGUACAACUUUUUUUUUUUUUUUCAUUUGGUGAUCAUUUUGGCUGUGUUACACCUUUUGGCAUGACUUUUUGCAAGGACUUUUGUUUUUAGCAAAAAAUUUUGAAAAUCCAAUGUCUUUUACUCUUAUAUGUCUUUUAUACUCUAUUAAUGCAUUUUGCGCCCUCUGGACACCUUUUGUGGCGGUGAGAAUUAGCUGAAAAUCAACCUAAUUUAAUCUUAACUUAUGUGAAAUAACUGAAGGACAAAUGAUGGAAAAAAAAUACAAUUCAUAUUAAGCUGCAAAUACACACACAAAAUCAUUUUAAUUGAAAAUUUCCCAAUCCAGUGCAAAAUGCAGAAUGGAUUUCUGUGGUACAUCAGGCAUCUGAGAGUCACAACUCAAACAAGGCUGUUGAGACUGUUAACUUGGCACUGCAUUAGGAGGCUCCUGCUCCUAUAACAAUCAUCAAAUGCAGGCUUUUAUCAGUUUUCCCUCUUCAUAUCUCUCCAAAAAAAAAAAAAAACCCAGAGACUGAACAACUUAUGUUCUCAUUCAACU